AUGGAGACUAUUGAUCAUCAUGAUUCAGACGAAGAAGACGAACAUCAUCAACGUUCUAUCCAAUCAACUGUUGAUUUAGAAAGAGCAAACACUAUUGCUUCAGAUGCAACUAUCCACACUAAUCAAGAUGGAAAGCAGUCUAUUAUUCAAACAGAAAGAAUCACAACCAAUAAUCAUCUGUCAAUAUUAUCAUCAUCAUCAUCAUCAUCACCACCAAUAUCAAAUAUUGCUUGGUGGAAACGAUUAUUUUUACAGCGACAAUCAUCAUCAAGAAAAGAUUUGGUUGAUCCUCGUACUUUUUCUUUUCGAAAAAAGACAAUGAUCUUGGCUAUUGUUGCUACUGCCGGUGCUGCAUCUCCCUUGGCUUCCACCAUCUAUUACCCUGCUCUCAUCGAUAUGGAAAAGGCCUUCAAUGCCUCAGAUACCGCUAUGAAUGCAUCUAUCUCCAUCUUUACCUUCUUCACAGCUUUUUUUCCAUUACUUUGGGCCUCUGCUGGUGAUAGGGUAGGAAGACGCAAGAUCUACUUGACAUCCUUUAUGAUCUCUGUAACAGGGUCUAUAUGUUGUGCUCUUUCUGUGAACAUCACUAUGCUCAUUAUUUUCCGUGCAUUCAGUGCGAUUGGUUCUUCUUCUGUUAUGUCUAUGGGUGCUGGUACUUUGGCUGAUAUUUAUGAAGCUCAUGAAAGAGGUCGUGCUUUUGCUUGGUAUACCUGUGGUCCACUCCUUGGACCUGCUUUAGGGCCUAUCAUUGGGGGUUAUUUAAACAUUGGUUUUGGAUUCCGCGCUACUUUUUAUUUUUUGGCAAUUUUCAAUUUUUGUGUUUUUCUUGCCAUCUUUUUCUUCUUACCAGAAACAUGGCGACCUACGGUGAUACCUACUCUUAAUCCUCAAGAAAAAGGACAACAACAAAAGAAGAAAAAUAGAAUGAAAAAUAGAAUUAAUCCUUUGGAAGCUUUGAAUCUCUUGUUGAACUUGAACAUUGCACUUACUGUUACCUUUGUUGGUGUCUUAACUUAUGAAUCUCAAUAUGGUAUGGAUUCAGGUACAGCGGGUUUAUGUUAUCUUCCCAACGCGGUAGGUUGCAUGAUUGGAGGUAUUCUUGGUGGAAGGAUGUCUGAUAGAAAAUACAAUCGAGAAGUGAUCAAAUUACAAGAAAACAACAGUGAUGAUCAGCCUUAUCCUGAAAUGCGACUUGGUGGUAUUCAAUUCUAUGGAGCCAUUCUAUUAAAUCUUUUUGCUAUGAUUGGAUAUGGUUGGUGUGUACAAGAAAAUGUGCAUUGGGCUUAUGGUGUGGUCUGUCAGUUCUUUAUUGGUAUUGCAUUGAUGGUACCCAAUGUAACAUUAUCAGCAUAUAUGGUGGAUUGUUUUCGAAAACGGGGUGCCUCGGUCACAGCUUGCAACAAUUUCGCUCGGUAUAUAAUGGCAGGGAUUGGUUCACUGGUAUCUUCAAGUUUAAUGUCGGCAAUGGGUCCUGGUCCUAUGUUUACUAUGUUAGGAAGUGCUCUAGUGAUAUUCACACUCAAUUUGAUUCUGGUCCAAUUCAAGGCGAAUACUUGGCGAAUGAAGAAAUUGGCAAGACAACAAGAAAAAGAAUUACAAGCUACCUCAUAG